AUGCAUCUUUUCUGCGGCUUUACAGCGGUGUUUGCCCUCUUGUUUCCUGGGGAUUUCCGCACAGCCGCUGCUGCAGCAACUUCUGCAACUGAUCCCCAACAUGUACGGGCACAAAGCACGUUUACAGCCUUGAGCAUUCCUUCCCGGUCGCCGGGAAGGAGCGAUCUUUCAACAAGCUCGUUUAUGCUGCCCUUGGAUUCGCAGCAGCCACUUACACGACGAAAAUUUGGACCCAGAUCCCCUGUCAGAAAAGUACUGGCAAGUGAUCCUGUCCUCGUCUUGGUAUUUUUCGCCUUGGCUUUUUUGAUUGCAAAAUGUGCGGACGCAAUUCGCUCAUCAAGUCAUUCAGAAGGAGCUCGUUCUUUGGCCGCAGACGGCCAAGACAGCUGCGCCUCUCUAGCUGCUGCCGAAGCUGCUCCGGCUGAAACGAAACCGGCAGCAGGCGAACUACCGCCUGAAGUGCAGCAGCAGCUAAGCAUCCUCAAAAUAUCUGAUUCUGACGCCAAAACCCUGACAGAACAAGAGCAAUCCAGUGUUAAUGAUGCAUUAACUCGACUGGAACGGCUUAUCGGAAAUGCUGAAAAAAGGACAGCAGCAGCUAAGGGGUUCCGAGAAUCUCUUGAAGAAGAUAAAGAAGAACUGGAGAAAUUGACUGCAGCAGUAGCCCCAGGAGAGCCCUUGCCGGCCGCUGCUCUGACCUUACAGCGAGAUAUCGAAAGCGACCUCCCGCAGCUGCAGGAGCUCGAGGCAGCUGCAGAAGCAGCCCAACAGAACCUACGCGACGUGGGUGCCACUGCAGAGCAAGGAGCGUGGGCUCUGCUCGAGUUGGCUGUGCGUGUGUCAUCAGAAGGGAAUCCAUCAGCAUCCGCAGUCGCUGCUUUGGCUGCAGCCCGCACAGUGCGGGGAGAACCUCUUUCUUUACCUGCGUUUCCCGCUAGCCCUGCUCUGUUUGCACUGUUUAAUCUCAGUAACAGUAUGCUGCACUCUCUGAAUGAAGCAGAAGCAGCCAUUGGCAAGGCCUCCCUGGAAGGGCACACGCCAUCAGAUAUCGCGAAAUUAUUAAAAGCAGCACAUGCAAAAGUGCAUGCAGCGAAGCAGAUGUCCUCUCAGCUGCGGCUGCUGAAUGUCUUCGGCCCCUCCAAACAUCUGAGGCACUCUUACAAGCAACUGGAAAUACGAAUUCGCGCAAAGGAAGCGUCGCUGCAGCAGCAGCAGGCGCAGCAGACGCAAUCGCUUAGAAAGCAUCGUAAGCAGAAAUGUGAGAAAGAAGAGGCUAUUUGCACGGAAGCAGAAGCUUCUGCAUACGGCCGACAGGUUAAGGAAGCUGCUGAAAAGCUCAGGAAUGUCCUGGAACAGCUGGAGCAGGCGGGCAGCAGCACCACGCCGGGGACGCAGCAGCAGCGGAAUUUGAAUCUUUUGGAAAAUCCCUACCAGCUCACAGCAGAUGCCUUGAGCCUCUCCGAACGUAUAAACACAUCUUUUAUCUCUGGAACAGAUACUGGCGCGACUUUUCAGUCGGCAGUCACCGAAGCAACGGGGCUGAUGGGUACGGCCAAGAGCAUGCUCGAGCCCCGCUGGGAAAGCAGCUUACAUCUCUUGCAGCAGUCGGCAGUAGGGGGAAGAAGCGACUUGGCUAAGGCGCGAGACGCUCUAGAAGAUGAGGCCAAAGUAAAGCAGCAGCAGCAGGAGGAGGAACGGAAAUUGGGAGAGGAAGCGUCACGGCCAGGGCCGCUGCCAGAUCGAACCAGCAGCAUCAGCAGCAGCACGAGUAGCUGCAGCAGCUGCAGCAGCACCGGCAGCACCAGCGGUUCUAGCCUCAGUGGUGCCGAGGAGCUUUUGCUAUAUCACAUGCAAAAGGUGGCUCUGUUGGCAAGCGAAACGAAACAACAGAGAGAAGAACUGGGAGUGCUUAUUAAAUGUUACAAGCCUCAUCCUGAUUUGGCUUUGCUGCAUGAUCAGCUUGAGAAAGUCUUUUUGGAAGCAGCAGCAGAGGUAGGAGCUGCCGCAGAUCUACUGGUAGACCAGUGGCUCAGUCAGAUGGAAGCAGCAGCAGAACAGGAAGCAACAGCAAAAGCAGCAGCAAAAGAGGCAGCGAGAACACGAGCAGGCGGGCAAAAACGAGCGGCUGCAGACAAAGCCAUGGCAGCGGCGAUUGCGGCAAAGAAAGCAGCUGCAGAAAGGGCUGCAACAGGGUACCGUCACUUACAACGACUUCAUGUAGAUGAGGCCACCAUCUCCAGAUUGCAGGAGGGAAUGACGAGGUCUCGUGUGAUGCCGUCUUCCAGUCCUUUACCUGCGCUGCUGCUGCGCCCCGCACCAGGAGCGCAACCAAUCACCAGCCUACCCAGGCAAUUAAAAGGCUCUUUCAGACGCAGAAGACUCACAAGAGGUCAACCGCAACUACAAUCGUACAUCAGUCAGCUGUCCUCCAUGGAAGACUCCGAAAGCAAGCUGCACAUGCAGACUCCAUUGUCUCAGCAGCCUGAUCAGGAGCAGAGCACUCUCCAGUCAGGGGACCUGCAGCUGCCGCUGUUGUUUCCUCCGCUGAAUGUGAACCAGGAAUCCACCCUUGAUUUGUCGCAGAGAAGGAGCUCGUCUGGUCUGAGAAGGGUCAACUCUUGGGGCCCCACAGACAAAUCUUCAGAGAAGGCCCGUGCGGGGGAUCAGCUCGGAACCCACACAUGGGGAACCAGCGAUCGUACCACAAAGAUUCCCACUACUGAUCCAGGAACGCAAUUCUACGGGUCUCUUGGGACUCGCAGGCCCUUCAGAAAAAGAGUGGAGGAAGAGACGAAAAAUCCGGAGAAGGAAACUGGGAAGGAGGCGGAGAAGCAAAGAAAAGAGGAAAAAACAGAAAAGGAAAAAACAGAAAAACGUGAAAACAAAACACGACCAAGGGUUAGGAUGCGAAUUGGCGCAAACACGGACUCAGACACAGAUGAAGAUGUGGCAGAUGGUCUUUUUGGUUCGAUUUCUUCACUUCUGACUCUGAAGGGAACCCCUGCAGUUGCAGAUGGGGAGUCUGUCCUUGAGUUGAUGAUCCUUGAUGAUUUGGGACAGGCGUCAACAAAAGCCGAAGAGGAGACGGCAGGCGGAACAGCUGAAGCGCUAUUAGCAACAAGAGAAGCGGAAAUUAGCAUAAGCAGCGAAGCAGGGGAGUCGCAGCAGAAAGAGCAAUCCUCUGUGGAGACUGUUCGUAAAGAGCCGAAAGACGAAUACAAAAAGAAGCGAAAAAAACCCGCACGCCGGCACAACACGGUAGCUAUAGACUUCGGUAUCUCUUGGGCUCUGGGGGGAUCACGAAAGCAUCAGAAGGACCUGAAGGAUCUGCAUGAUGAAGAAGAGGUGUCAGGCAUUAGUACUGAUGAGAGCAACGCUGGGAGCUCGCAGAAGGUGUGGGAGGAAGGGACUUCCUCCAGUCCUGCCGACCAGUGGACUAAUCGCCAGCAAUGGGGACCUCAGGAACCGUCGGACCAGCGUCGUCGUCGUUGGUCUUUGUUGCACAUUCCAUUUGGGCAUGGUUCGUUAGGCAGAGAAAGACGUGGCAACAAGAAGACCCUUCCAGAUGCUGAUCAAUUACAAACGCAGAGUCUAGAAAGGAAGAACGUGAGGACACGCAGGAUAGGGCUCGGGCUGUUCGGCAGAUCAUCGAUUAGGACACUAAAUAAGGUAGAAGAAGAACCAACAGGCAAGGAAACAAGAGAAGCAAAAGAUGCAGAAAGUAGAACUGAAAGUGAACAAGGGGAUGAGACUAAAGGUGGAAGUGAAGGCAGAGAAACAGACAAAAACAUCCAGGCUGGAGGCAAAGAGAAGACGAAACACACGGGAAAACACAAACAAAAGCACAGAUAA